CAUACAUAGGAGUGGCGGUAUUUCAUGAAUUUCCUGUCACCAAAGCUGACUCCCCAGUUAUAUUUCAACCGCAUAUAAUCGAAAACAUUAUAUUAUCAGUAGUCAAUCUUUUUUCGUGGGGCUAUGUGACUCUACUCAGCCAACGAAAUAUUUAGCUAUAAUAAUGCUGUCACUAGUUUCACAAAUCUAAAUUAUCCACAAAUAUGAGUAGACUGCUAAUUACAUAAUUAUGAAUUAUGUCAGAAUUGUUCACUUGUAAAACAUAUUUUGAUAUUUAUCCAUAAAUGAGAGGCACUCGUUCGUCGACUUGAGUAGUUUCCAGGUGAUCUACAAUUUUGCAUUAUUGCGUGCCGUCGGCAGUGGGGAGGGCGUGCAAGAAUAUGGGACACACAACAUCGCUCAAUUCGCAAAGUGACUGUGCGCUGUACUGGUUAGCAAGUGCUAUGCAGUGUGCAAGCGCGUUCCUGUAAACAGACUCAAUGGUUUAAAUAUUGUGUUUUUUACAUCACAUUUACAUUUACAACUUCUUCCUGUUUACAAAAAGGAGCCUUUAUUGGGUUUUGAUUGCUACAAAAAACAACAACAACAACAACACCAACAAAAAGGAAUCUACUUCGCUUGUCGACGGGAUACUUGGCGACAUUGCAUUCAGUCCAAGACUAUGAAUCUCCUUAUGGCCGUUGGCUGUGGGUCAGACUCCUGAGGCAUGGCCAGGGUUCGAGCCACUCGGGCCGGGCCGCUGCGGUGAUGCCACGCCUCUAGGUGGAUCCGGCCCCGCCCCCCACCCCAGUGCCCACCUCAGCGAUGUGGGCACAUCCUACCGCUGUCUUCCUCACUGUCUUCAUCCUGUGCAGAACACAGCUUACGGCCGGGAAGACCGUGAAAGACACCGUGGAGGAAUGGAGCAAAUAUCGGACUGAAUGCCUGCUGAAAAUGAGCGUGGACCCCACCCCCUCAGGGUUAUUCUGUCGCCGUAUGUUUGACAUGUACGCCUGCUGGACUGACGGACAGCCCAACACGACGGUCCGAGUUCCGUGCCCCUGGUACCUCCCCUGGCACGAUCAAGUGCGUCAUGGCUUCGUGCUCCGUGAGUGUGGGCCGGACGGGCGGUGGGCCACCAACAGCACCAGCCUCACCUGGCGGGACCACUCCCAGUGUAGCGCGGACGACAGCCAGCAAACCGCACAGGAGAACCAGAUGAUGAUCUUGGCCUACUUCAAAGUGAUGUACACUGUGGGCUAUUCCCUCUCACUCAGCAGUCUCACCCUUGCCCUUGUCAUCCUGCUGAUUUUCAGGAAGCUGAGGUGUACUCGAAAUUACAUUCACACCAACCUCUUCAUCUCCUUCAUCCUGCGAGCAAUCUCCAUCCUCACACGGGACGCCCUGCUCAGGAGGGACACCCCGGAGUUCCGGGACGACCGCGACGUGUCCAACGUGCUGAGCGAUAAGGCUCUGUCAGGUUGCCGGGUGGCCCUGGUACUCAUGCAGUACUGCGUCGGGGCCAACUACUUCUGGCUGCUGGUGGAGGGGCUGUACCUGCACAACCUCCUGGUGCUCAUGGUGUUCUCUGAGAACAGCUACUUCUCUGGGUACCUUGUCGUCGGCUGGGGGACCCCUGUCCUAUUUGUGGUCCCCUGGAUUGUGGUGCGGUACCUAUAUGAAAAUACAGGGUGCUGGGAGAUAAACGAGAACAUGGCUUACUGGUGGAUCAUCCGGUCCCCUAUUUUACUGGCCAUUUUGGUCAACUUUUUCAUAUUUAUUCGAAUCAUACAAAUCCUGGUCUCCAAAUUGAAAGCACACCAGAUGAGGUACACCGAUUACAAAUUCAGGCUGGCCAAAUCCACCCUGACUCUCAUCCCCUUGCUGGGCAUUCAUGAGGUGGUAUUUGCUGUCAUGACUGAGGAGCAGAUGGAGGGGACGCUUCGAAAUGUCUACCUCUUCUUUGAGCUCUUCUUCAACUCCUUUCAGGGGUUUUUUGUGGCCAUCCUGUACUGUUUCGUCAAUAAGGAGGUGCAGUCAGAGAUUAAGAAGAAAUGGCAGAGGUGGAGGCUGGGCAUGAGCAUUUUGGACGAGCAGCGUAACACCUGCAGCAACACGCCACAAGGGGGCGCCAGCGGCUCCCUUUGCCAGCACGAGCCUCCCUGCCAGCCGGGCGCAGAGCACCCCGACUGCCAAACGGAGUCGCAGAAAUUCACCUCGGACCUCUCCGCACCGAGCCAGCCCCACCCUGACUCAGACCCUGACCCCCACCCCCACCCCCACCCCCACCCCGGGGCCAAGAAGGGAAAGACCUACUGCUACAUCUCUGCAUUCAAGCAGGAGCCCAACGGAAGGGAGGGGCAGCAGCAGGGCAGCAGCGGGGAGGAGAGCGCCGCCAUGCGCUACUCUGAGAGCUACUGCUGAGCGGACCACUGCGCCCAGUACAGCCACACCUGCACCCAGUACAGCCACACCAGCACUGGGACCACUGCACCCAGUACAGCCACACCUGCACCCAGUACAGCCACACCAGCACUGGGACCACUGCACCCAGUACAGCCACACCUGCACCCAGUACAGCCACUCCUGCACCCAGUACAGCCACACCUGCAUUGGGACCACUGCACCCAGUACAGUCACACCUGCACCCAUUACAGCCACACCUGCGCCCAGUACAGCCACACCUGCACCCAGUACAGCCACACCUGCACUGGGACCACUGCACCCAGUACAGCCACACCUGCACCUAGUACAGCCACUCCUGCACCCAGUACAGCCACACCUGCAUUGGGACCACUGCACCCAGUACAGUCACACCUGCACCCAGUACAGCCACACCUGCACUGGGACCACUGCACCCAGUACAGCCACACCUGCACUGGGACCACUGCACCCAGUACAGCCACACCUGUGCCCAGUACAGCCACACCUGCACCCAGUACAGCCACACCUGCACUGGGACCACUGCACCCAGUACAGCCACACCUGCGCCCAGUACAGCCACACCUGCACUGGGACCACUGCACCCAGUACAGCCACACCUGCGCUGGCGUUUGGGCCCGUCCUGAGCUCGCACCUCUCAGUGUGCUAGUGGCCACGCCCAUGGCCACGCCCAGUGCUGCCAUGAUGUCACAGACUUCAGUGCAAUAGCCACAGCAGCUCGGCCUGCAGGGGCUUCACAGAUGUGGAAAUGCAGGCAGCGUUGGGCGGGGCUUCUGAGCUUUUGGGCCACCCCUGCCUGCCCCCCCCCCCUCGCCUGUUCAUUCACACCCUGUUCUUCUCUCUUUUUGUCUGAUUGUGGGUUUUUGUUUUGCUACCUCUUGCUGUGUUCUUGGUAAACACCUUAGUUCUACAUUGCCACAUUUGGAGGAAAUUGUUCCCAGAGCACACCAUGCAUGGAGUGGACAGCGCCACUCAGGCUGUUUCCCAGAAGUGACUCAGACCCCUGUGCAAAUGGGUUUUCAGCCUAGCACAAGCAACAGCCCAGAGUCUGUGGGUCACUUAACUAAUUGCCUGCAGAUGUCAGUCACCAUAGUACCCAUAUCAAUGAAACCAGAUAGACCUGCACUUGUUGAGUUUGGACCACGAGGGACUAUCUGGGUUCUGUUAUCAUGGCAAUCAAACUGAAGGGGGCAACAUUGUGUUCAUCCAUAUUGUGAUAUACAAAUGUACUAAAUAUGUGUGUCCCGUAUUGCUACCAGAUUAGCAGGUUAGUUGCAUUUAUGUGUGAUCUGAUUCUGUAGUCCUGUCUCCAGCUGGAAAGUGUCAAACAUGUUGUUUUAUCAGCUUGAGAGUUGCAUUUUUGAGCACGAUAAACAAAUGCACUUAUGGGUUACUGCAUGAGAAAGUAAAGCCAAGGACAGACAUGUGGAUGCGUCCACUGGAAGGGCUGAGCACUUCCCCUGGGAUCACAUUCUAAUCUUUAUUGACAUUUCUUUACAAAUAACAUCAAAUUAAUUGUCAGAUCCAAAUAGAAAACUCAAAACAUAGUAGCACGAUGCACUCCUGAAAACUAAUGGUGGAAUCAGCAGUUCCACCGCUACAAAAGUAAGAGCAUUUACCACUACACUUUCAGUUCUUUAUCUGUAACUCAAUAUUGUGAAAUUAAAUUACUCUUCUUAAUGUCCUGUCAAUCAAAGAUCUACCUGUC